AUGGCUUACCAGAAGUUGAGGCUGACCUACUACGCGUGCCUGCUGUUGGUGGGAGUGCUGUGCCUGUAUUUCAGCAUGGCUCCUUAUAAAGAAGAGCCUUUCAUUUUCAAGAAAAAAUACGGGACGUUCCUUCAGCUCCCAGAUAUCGAUUGCAGGCAAGAUCCUCCCUUCCUUGUCCUGCUGGUGACUUCAUCCCACCAGCAGGUGGCCGCUCGCAUGGCCAUCCGGAAGACGUGGGGGGGAGAGAGGACAGUGAGCGGGAGGCAGGUGAGGACAUUCUUCCUCCUGGGGACCACGGCCAACCAGGACGAGAUGAGCGCGGUGGCCCAGGAGAGCCAGCAGCACGGCGACAUCAUCCAGAAGAACUUCAGGGAUGUCUACUUCAAUCUGACCCUCAAGACCAUGAUGGGCAUGGAGUGGGUCCACUACUUCUGUCCUCAGGUGGCUUUCGUGAUGAAGACAGACUCGGACAUGUUUGUGAAYGUCCACUACCUGACCGAGCUGCUCCUGAAGAAGAACAGGACCACGAGGUUCUUCACUGGCUUCCUGAAGCUCAACGAGUAUCCCAUCAGGAAGAAGUUCAAUAAGUGGUUUGUGAGUAAAUAUGAAUACCCCUGGGACAGGUACCCGCCCUUCUGCUCUGGCACCGGCUACGUCUUUUCCAGCGAUGUGGCCAGCCAGGUGUACAACGUCUCYGAGAGCGUCCCCUUCAUUAAGCUCGAGGAUGUCUUUGUGGGGCUCUGCCUGGCGAAGCUGCAGAUCCGGCCCGAGGAGCUCCACUCCCAGCAGACCUUCUUCCCGGGGGGGUUACGCUUCUCCGUGUGCCGCUUUAGGAAGAUCGUGGCCUGCCAUUUCAUCACACCCAAGGAAAUGCUGAUCUACUGGCAUGUCCUGGAGACCUCCCAGGAAGACUGUCCCGAGGUCUGA